ACACAUCAUUGCCGCAAAUUUUACUAAGGCGGAAAUUUUAAAUAAAUUUAUAUUUUUAGAAGUAUUCAGCCCAGAAUAAGCUGCAAUCAUGAGUCAACCAGUUGAAAAAGUUUCUAGGAGUGAAAAGUCGCUUAGUACGUUAACGAAAAAGUUCUUAGAAAUGCUCCAAUUUGAGAAAACUUUAGAUUUGAAUAUCGCCACAAUGGCUCUUGAUGUUAGCAAGAAGAGAAGGAUAUACGAUAUUACUAAUGUAAUGGAGGGAUGUAAUCUUAUUAAAAAAACUGGCAAAAAUAUGUAUUCUUGGUGUGGUAGAACCUCACACAUUGAUGACUCUGAAGAACAAUUUCUAUUGGAUCUUAAGGAAGAUAAAGAGAAACUCAGCGAGACCGAAAAGAAGCUAGACAAUGACAUUAAAGUUAUGAAAAUGAAUCUUGCUAGCCUUCAAUCAAAAUCAUCAAAAUCUUUCUGUUACUUAACAAAAGAUGAUUUUAUAGCGGGAUAUGGUGGAGCACAAACUGUUUUCGUUGUACAAAAUUCUAAAGUCCUCAAUUUUAUUCUUGGGAAUGAGCAAAAAGAUGUUCAUUCUAUCCAUUUGAGUAAUCACAUUCCUAGAGAUGUGCAUAUUUUGGGAGACGUUUUGAAACCAAUUCAAAUUAAACUUUUAAAUACAGAAGGAAAUGAAAAGGAUAAGCAUGAUUCUGACAUUUUAGAGCAUGUUAUGGAUGUGGAUUCGGAAAAGAGUGAUGGUCAGGAGAUAACAAGGACUAUAAUAAAAAGGAGAAGCCAUUGUCGCAGAAGGAUAAAAACUUUGCCACUCUUCAGACGAAGACUAAAAACUAGAACAUUUUUAGAUCUCGAAAUUGUUGAAAAAGAAAAACUUGCUUCUUCAUUACUUAAACUUGAUCGAUUUAAGGAUAAAUCGCUUUUCCAUUACAUUACAGUUAAUAAACUUACAGAACCAUUAGAACUAAGUCAACCUAGCUUCAUUGAUAUAAGACCACCUCCUGAAAUUGAGUAUGAAGAUAAUUUCUCCCUUUCCCCGCCUUCAGUUCAUGAUCUCUUCGAUAAACAAAUCGAGCCAUUACCAAAAUUUUAUUUUGGAGAAAAUGAUGGAGAUUAUGAAGUGAUGGAAUAUCUUGAAGACGAAGAAGUAUAGACAACUGAAUAAAUUAAGAAUGCGCUUGAAAUGUUUUGAAGAAAAUUUUUUAAUGACGAUAAAUAUAGAAAUAUUUAAAAUUAAGAUUUAAACUUUUGUCUCUUUCCACCACCGCCAUUUUUACUUCCAUUAAUUCUUUUU